AGUAAAUAAAUAAUAUUUGGAACAAAUAGAACAUCAAUUGACUAAUGACGUAUAUCCUCAGUUUAAUUUGGGCCAAUGAGAAUGAUUCAGUCUCGGUCACGUGGGACAAUUCCUCCAAUAGUAUGGAAGACCAUUCUUUGUGUACCUUUUCACAUAAUAGUAAAACAGAUUGUGGUUUUUAUGGAGUGAGUGGUGUUUUAUAUGUCAAUCUAAUGACAUUAUAUGCGUAAAUGUGUGAAAUUCAGGAUUAUUUUAUUGAGCAAAAGGAUAUUUAUUGGAAUAAAUAUUCGAUGUGCUCAGAAAUGGAUUUGUAUAUCACCGACUCACUCCAAGACAUGCUGGACAUGGACAUAAAAAAUGAAAUAGCUACAGAUUUAAGUAGUAUUACAGACUUUUCUGACUCAUUAGGUUUAAAUUUUGCCGAAAUGCCUCCCUUACUGGAUAUGGACACAGACAAUUCCUCUACGUGGCUAAAUAACACAUCUAGUUUUGUACACAAUUUAGAUUUGUAUGGCUCAGAAGCCAAUGCAGUUAUGGUCAACCCUAACUCAGUGAUGCCUUCUUCAUUUGCGGAAACUCCUGUAAAAAGUAUUGUGAAGGAAGAAGCCUCGAAUUUAUUACUAACGUCAGCCAUCAAUACUGAUUUAAAUAGUAUCACGUCACUGCCUAGUCCUAAAGAAGAAAAAAGCCAUUUAACAUUUUCGCCAAACACGAUAAAAGUUCCAAAGGCCGAGAUAAAGACCGAACCAGAAGAGCCUGCCCCCAAAAAAUUAGAAGAAGCCACACAGAUGGUCAUUUAUGUUAGAAAACAGGAAAAGAACGUUGUUAAGGAUUUACUAAAGGAUCUAGAAAAGACAAAGAUGAAUACCACAACUCCCACCACCGUAAGAAUAAAGGCUUCACAAGCUGAAGUUCUAAAAGUUAAUAACAAAAGUUGUUCCAUAUUAAAUUCAAGCCAAAAAAUAACGCAGCAAAUAGGUGCUAAGACAAUUAUUUCUGGUAAUAUACACAUAUUGGACGCACAACAAUCUAGAACAAUUUUAGCUAAUAGUAACAAAAGUCAAGCGACGACAAUAUUGAUUGAUAAUUCCUCUUUAAAUAAUAAUAAACAAAUCUUUAAAACGUCAUCAGUUAGUGGAGCUUUUACAGUAGAUACUAGCCAAGCUAAAUAUGUGAGUAGUAAUAACAACAAAUCGUCAACGGGUGAAUUUCCCAAGCCAGCGUAUUCCUACUCAUGUCUUAUAGCCAUGGCAUUGAAAAACUCUAGGACAGGAAGUUUACCUGUAUCAGAAAUAUAUAAUUUCAUGUGUCAACAUUUUCCAUAUUUCAAAACUGCGCCAAAUGGAUGGAAGAAUUCAGUUAGGCAUAACUUAAGUUUAAAUAAAUGUUUCGAGAAAAUCGAAAAACCAUCUACAAAUGGAAGUCAAAGAAAAGGUUGUUUAUGGGCUAUGAAUCCAUCAAAAGUGGGGAAAAUGGACGAAGAAGUGCAAAAGUGGUCAAGAAAAGAUCCACAAGCUAUUAAAAAGGCCAUGGUUUAUCCAGAAAGUUUAGAAGCCCUAGAGCGCGGGGAGAUGAAAUACAGCGGCGUGGGAGGCGACACCGACCCCGACGACGACGCGGACGUGGACGCGGACGCCGAGCUCGACGCGGACGUCGAGAUCGACCCCGAGGUCAAGGAGGUGGAGGAGGAAGACGCGGUCAUAGAGCAGGAGGUGUCAGACCAGGAACUAGAAGUUGAAGAGGUGGUAGAAGGCACGGGCAUGGUGGGCGGCACGUACCGCUUGCUCGCCACGGGACCUUCCUCUCUCAGCACGUACAUCACAGAUGUGGAGUCUGGAGAUGAAGUUAGCGACGUCGAGAUUUUAGACCGUUCCUAUGAAGAUUCCGAUUAUGAUAUGGGAAAACCCAUGAAACUGGACCUUUCUGUUACGGAAAACUAUACAAUUCAUACGCCGAAACGAGCAAAAACAAGCUUCAUUUAUCAACCCGUCACCACCCAGACUCACACCAGCAGAAGAAAGACGCCCCUGGUCAACCGAGUCGCGUUAAUAUAAGAAAAACAAGGUAGGAUUAUUAUAAACAUUGUGAUCAUACUGUAAUGGGGUCAAUCGUAAAAAUUAAAUUGUGUUUCGCCAGUGAUUGGUCUAUUUAAAUUUAUAAGUAGAAGGAAUUUGAAAUUUUUGAAUUGUAAUAAUGUAGCUGUGAAUUGUGUGCAUGUGUGGCAAACGCCCCUAACAAAGGUGUCUGUACCAGAUAAGUGUAUUUAUGUUUUUUGUGAAGACCGAACACUUGUUACAUAUCAAACACUGUAAAAUGUUUCCGUUUAUCUUUCUUGACUUGACAUCCUUAUUCAGGUACAAUUUAAUGUAGCAAUAGAGUAAAUUUGUCAAUUUCUUUUAAGUGGCUGGUAUUCAGCCAUUCUGUCAGUACAAAAACAAUAACAUUGCUUUUGUAGCGACGCAAGCUGAACGUCAGACUAUAAGUGAAGUGUAGUAAUGUAGUUGUUUUAUCAAUGAUGUUCACAAAGUGUCGAUACAAUAGCAAACGCAGUAGCGGGUAUAAUAAGUAAACAUCCCACCGCUGAUUUAUGUACAUAAUUAUAUAUAUUUUUCUUUAACAAAGCUGAUGAGCUGCACUAUUUGUUAAUAAUCUAACUAUAUCUGCUAUAAUUAAAUUAUAGCUUUCGUCUUACUUUGUUUGUUUAAUUUUAUUUGUAUCAAACAUCAAAGCUGGUUUUGAAUAUAUUGACUGUGCUAUUUAAUAUUUAACUUGAUCCCGACUGCAGGAGUUUAUAUUGGAAUGUUUAAAGUCAAUCUGAAAUUGAGCUAUAGCAUGCUAAGUGUACUAUGUGAUUAAGUUGAUUUUAACUUAAUAAUUACGUGUAAGCUAUUACUUGCUUGUUUAUAAGUAUUAAGUUAAUUAAGCGGUUAAGUAAAAUAGAAACGAGUCUUUUUUUGAAUAAGUUAUCACCCCUCUUGCACCGUGCGCCUUACCCUGGUGGGCGUGGGUUUAAAUAAACUGUCAUUUAGGGAAGUACAUGGAAAACCACUUAUAAACUUCAUACUAAACUGCUUAAUCACUAUCACGAAAAAAAUGUUAAAAUUAACUUGAUCACUUCGUCACUUCAACAUAUGACUUAGAUAUGAAGAUGACGAUCUUGAUGUGUUAAAAAAGGGUUUGUGUUUGAAAGUAAAUCUCGAAUAUGAAACUAUUCACCAAACUUAAGCUAAUUUAUGUAAUAAGUGCAUAAAUAUAUGCAUUAGAGAUCCGCUCUUUAUUUCUUUGUAAAAACAUCGAGUUUCGAUGCACUUCGAGCACUCUGGUUCCAAGUUAAAUAUGACAAAACUAAAUAAUUACUAAAACAAUAGUUAUUUAAAUAGGUGGCUAUCUUUAACAUGUCCUACUUUUUGUUUCUUUAUUGAUGGUGCGAGCCAAACUGAUUUCAUAUGAAUAUUAUUGUCAGUGUGAAUGAAUCUAAAACGGGCAAUGUUGGUUGUGUAAAUUGGAUCUCUCGAAUCGGACAUGUUGGUUGGUAUGGCGGAAUUUGUAUUAUUAGUAUAAGUUAUCAAUUCAAAACGAUAUAUUUGUUACAAUGUUCGCUAUCGGUGUCAUUUGGUUUGGUCUAUUGAUUUUAAAACUAUGAUUUAAUUAUUGAAAUGAACAAAAUGAUACGCAAUCUAAGCACGCAUAUAAGUGGCAUUUACAAAAACAGGGUUUUUAUACUAUCUAUAGCACUACCUACAAUAUUUUUAUGAAGGGUUUCAGUUCUACCUAUAAGUAUUUAAAUUAGAAUGCCAUUUGGUAUAGUAUUUUUUCUGCUAUAUAAAGUCACUAUACUAAGAACCUAUCAAUUUUGAAUGGUAAAUCGUUUCAUAUAUCCUUUAUAAAUUUUGUAUUCCAAGUACAUUUGUGCAUUACCUAGAUAGUUCUCACAUAACUGUAAUAGUUUUGCAAUAUUAAUCAAUUAGAAUAGAUAAAACUGUGAUAUGAAAUUUACUAUAAAUUGAGAAAUUGAUCAAUUACCGACGGAUGUAUGAAUGGUAUAGUAUAAUUGAAAAUUGUGUGUAAUUAGGUUAUGUACCCAGGUCCGAAUUGAAAUGAUACUGUUCUCUUACUAUUUGGAAUUGGGUACAGACCUUACUUUAAGACAACCAUUUUGCUGUAACUGUUCUAAUUAAAUAAAGAAAGCGAAUUAGUGCAACAAUUGCCUAGGGCGACGAAUCAUUCAACUUUUACAUUCCCUCGCCCUAAUUACGAUAGUACUAGAAGUAUUUCGAAACUGUAACCUUACUUGUGUGAACGAUACCUAGACUAGAAUGUUUCGUUGAAUGAAGAAUGUUAAGUACCUAUGUACAAUACAACAUUAACCAUUCACAAAAUCUAGUUUUAAAUGAUUUACAAUUUAGUGUAAAUCGAGCCAUUUUUCGUAUGGAAGUUCGUUCUUGUUAGAAAUAAUUUUGUGUAAGUCGUGGUGUCUGUGGUAUGUUGAAUAAACUGCAGUGUCGAGCACUGGAACAGAGAGGAUUAGUUGGAAUAUAUUUAAAUUUGGCUUGAAACGCCCGUAUAAACGGUGACAUCAAACGAAAAAAAAAUCAAAAGUAAAUAAAGGGUACAAUAACAAAAUAAAAGUAGGUGCUUUUGUAUACUGAUUUUUAAAACAAACCGUG